GUAUUUUCCGAUUCGACCUCUGGGGCGCCGAGUGCGAGUGCGCCUUCUAUGAGCGAACACGUUACUGCAGCAACGCUCUCUGCACCACGUUCCAAGCCAUCAGGCUCGAUGAGUCCAGAUCCCUCCAGGUGCUCAAGCUGCACCGCUGUUGGAAGCAUCCGCAUUUUCCAGCCCUGGACAAGAACAGCAAGCUCCAGUUUUUGUACUUACCGGGCAAUAACAUUAAGGAGCUUCCACCUCUCAGCAACCUCGUUCACCUCCUGGACUUAAACGUCAAAGAGAACAGUCUUAGCCACCUGCCCAGCUUGGCAUCCAAUGCCGCGCUUGAAUACAUGAAUGUGGAACAGAAUUUCUUGGAGAAGUUGCCGCCGCUAGACAGGAAUCUCCGCUUGAGGAAGCUGUUUGCCGGCUACAACGCCCUCUCGGAGGCUCCCAAUCUUCGCGAGAACAGUCAGCUGUCCGUGCUCGACCUGACGCACAACAAGCUGCAAGAGCUGUUGCCUCUGAGCUCGAACCCACGCUUAAAAGGGCUCUUCGUGUCACACAACGGCCUGAAGACACUACCUAGCCUUGAAGGAAAUCCGGAGCUGAUGGUUCUGACUGCCGAGUGGAACUCGCUGGAAAUCCUGCCUCCACUCAACAAGCUUCCGAAUCUCCAGAUAAUCAAGCUUUUCGGAAAUUUUCUCAAGAAGCUCCCCAGUCUGGACGCGAGCACUGAUCUGGAGUUUUUGGAAGUCGGCAUGAACAAGCUGGUGCAACUUCCCUCCCUGCAAAUGGCGGACACCCUGAGCGUGCUUGGUGCAUCGCAGAACGCGUUGCAGGAGCUCCCUCCGCUGAACCCGAAUGCAAGGCUGGUGUCACUCGGUUUGAGCUUCAAUACACUGCGACAGCUGGAUUUCCGCCAACCUCAGUUUCAGUCGCUCUCCUCCGUCGAUGCCGGCCACAAUAAGUUGGAACAGGUCUACGGAUUGCAAAACCUGGAUUCGCUGAAGGAGCUCAACCUGGCCCAGAACUUCUUACAGCAGCUACCGCCUCUCUCUCGCAAGCUGCAGCACUUGGAUGUGGGCUACAACCUGCUGGAGGAACUUCCCGGCAUCGAUGAGUACUCCGGGCUGCGGUAUCUUGCAAUCAAUAACAACCAGCUGCAAUGGAUCCCAAGCUUGGCGCCCUUGAGAAAUCUAGCUUCGCUGUCCGUGCAGUGUAACAACCUGACCGAGCUUUGGGUAUUCAACGCGAGCGAACACCUGGAGCAGAUUGAUGCGCACAAUAACUUGCUUUCGUCCCUCGGGCCAUUGCCACCUUCCCUUCAACUGCUGGAUUUGGAAUGGAACCGUUUGCAGAGGCUGCCUGACCUAAGUAGAAGCCCCAAGCUGGAGCGCUUGAAUGUGGCUCACAACCUGCUCGAAGAUUUGCCUCCUUUGGAAAGUCCCAAGCUCUACAUGCUCGACGUAUUCGGGAAUCGUUUACAUGAGCUUCCCUCUUUGGACGCAGUGCCGCGUCUAUCUUUCCUGGAUGCUGGCGGAAACUACUUGCGGGAGCUGUCUCAGCUGCAGAACUUGUCGUCCCAUUUUCAUGUACUCUGCGUGGGAGACAAUCAGCUUGAGGCGCUACCAGACCUUUCUACCAUGCCCUCCCUGCAAGUGCUGGGCUGCGAAGGGAAUUCCUUUCGGGAGCGUCCUCGGAUUCUAGGACGUUUUUGGAAAGUUCUCCUGGCCUUUUGUCAUCGCUGUUCUACGAUGUGUUUGCGGGUCGAAGGUGGAGGGUGUCGUGGGAGAAUCCCCCCGAUCCGUGCUUUAUUGUUUAUUUUGGGAUUGCGUUCGCGAUCAUUCGGAGUUUGGCGUGAAGGCCCUUCAUCCUGGCAAUCAGCACACCCCUGGCUUCCAAAGUUUCUGCAAAUCUCGACAAGAAUCAGCAGUCUCGACAAUCCAUGUGCCGAAAGCAGAAACACAAAGCCAGCUCACAACCCCAACUUGAACCGUGCCUUCAAAGAGGAAAGAGAGGGUAUCUGA